CUCCUCCUUUCCGACGCAGGGAGGGGCGGGAAUCCUGGCCAUGCUUCUUAUUUAACUUCUGCAGCAUUCUGACCUUGAUAGAAGGAGUAUCCCCACUGAGCGGCGCUUCAAGAUUAUAGAUAUCGAAGGGAAGGGGGAGGGCAGCGAUCUCACGUAGGUGUGUCACUUGCAGGGGUCACGGAUUUCUUCGUAGAAACGAAAAUCUAUUUACUCCAUGUGGGUAGGAAUUCUGUUACUUUCCUAAAGAAUCUUAAAUUCAACAGAUGUAGAGACGUUUUCUAACGAAGAAGAAUUUAACAACUUAGCAGGGCCGUUCGAAACGAGUAGGAGACGGUGAAAAAGAAAAUAGAAAGAGAUGGGAAGAGAAAAUAAAGAAAAGAAAAGCCCUUUAGGAUAACUGCGACUAUCAUAUCCUUCAGUUUUUGGGCAUCUUCUGUCAUAGCUGGGUGUGACCUCGGAGCAAUCGAAAGAAAUGGACCGCUGGUUUGGACGAGUGGCUCUGGUGACGGGCGCUUCUUCUGGCAUUGGUGCCACACUGUGCCGGACAUUGGUACAGCAUGGCAUCAAGGUAGUGGGAUGCUCAAGAAAUGUGGAUAAGAUCAAAGCCAUUGCCGAUGAAGUAGCUGUUAAGAAAGCUCCAGGAGAGUUGAUGGCAAUCAAAUGCGAUUUGACCAAGGAAAUGGACAUUCUAAAUGUAUUUGAUGAAAUCCGCCGAUCUUUUGGUCGCCUGGACAUCUGCAUUAACAAUGCUGGACUCGGUCACGAUGCACCUCUUCUUUCAGGGAAAACGUCGGAUUUUAAAAAUAUGCUGGAUGUAAACGUUCUGGGACUUACUAUAUGCACGAGAGAAGCAGUCAAACUGAUGAGAGAAAAAGAAGUGAAUGAUGGGCAAAUCAUCCAUAUGAGCAGCCUCGGAGGUCAUUUUCUACCGAGCCCAGGAUGGGUUGGAGUUAAUUUCUACUGUGGAACCAAGUUCAUGGUCCGCGCUCUCACGGAAGGCCUGCGAAGAGAGUUAAAAGAACUCAAAAGUCACAUCAGAGUGGCAAGCAUAAGUCCAGGACUGGUGCAAACGGAAUUCUUCGACAACUAUCUCAAGGACAAUGACAGUCUCAAGCCAUCUGAUUUGUUCAAGCAUCACCAAGCUCUUCAAACGAAGGAUAUUGCUGAUAGUGUCCUCUAUGUUCUGUCGACACCCCAAUACGUAGAAGUCCACGAUAUUCUCGUCCGUCCCUACACGGCCUAGUUCUUUUUAUAUGUACUUACAAAAUUCCUAAUAAGAACCAUAUUUUAUUUCAUAAAAUGUAUAAUCAAAGCAGAGUACAAGCAUUAAAAAUUUGAGCAAUGUUAACAUCGUAGUUAUUCCAUUUUGAUAAAAUAGAAAAUUCGCAAUUAAAUGACUUGUAAAUAUUCAUGAGAAUGAUUUUUAAAUUGUUUUUUCGUUUCCAUUUUAUUUUCUAUGAUAA